UUGUUUCACAUCACUAUUUUUAUACAAACAACCAUUUACGCCAAGGAAUCAUUUUAGAAACUGCACAUUUUGGAUACUUGAAACAAUGGAGGAACGGUGCAGAGUUUGCCUCGGAACGACCGGAGAAUUCACAAGCAUUUUUGAUGAGACAAAAAAAUGGGAUACUCGCAUUGCUGACAUGAUUUCAGAGUGCACAGGAUUCGUGGUAGAGCGAGGGGAUUCAUUUCCAGAAAACAUAUGUCCCCCCUGCCUUGAGGAUGCAGUCAGUGCAUUCGAUCUUAAGAAAACCUGCGAGCAGAGCCACCAUCUUCAUUUCUCAUAUAUGGAGAAAGAUAACGAAGAAGGCAUCUGGAGUGAGGUCUGGGAAGUGACAUAUUUUGAACCUGUUGAUAUACAUCAAAGUGAUACCGAUAAAGCAGAUGAUCGAGAAGGACCAUACCAAUGCGCCCAAUGCUCAAAGAACUUUUCAGAGCUUAAACAUCUCGCUGCACACAUACGGGAUCACACUCAGGUGUUACUAGAACACAAGUGCACCGACUGCUCAAGGGCCUUUGCUACCAGUACCAAACUUAAAGCCCACGCUCGUUCGCACAUGGAUCCACAACUCUUAAAAUGCGAUAUUUGCCAAAAGUCAUACUCAACACUUGGAACUCUUAAAACCCACUAUCUUAUACACACGGGUGAAACACGAUCCUACCCAUGUACUUCCCACUGCUCGAGAGCAUUUGGUUCUAAAGCGCGUCUCAAAGCACACAUUCUUUCUCUCUCUGGGGAACUUCCUUUUAAGUGCCCCUACUGUCCAGAGACAUUUAGAUCAAAACGUAAAGUGUACCAAAGACACUUAGAAACUCACACGGCCAAUGAAAAGUGCGCCAUUCCGGCAGUCCAUUCAGAGAUCAUAUCCGAAAGAACAAUGAAAGAUACGAAUUAUCUUAUCCCAGAACCAUGUCUUGAAUCGAAAUCAAAUUAUUUUACUCCAGAACAAUAUCUUGAAUCGUAUAUUUGAUGAAUAUUGAUAAAAUUAUAAUAGAGCGAAACAUAUGAUUAAGAAAAUGUUGGCCAAUGUCAACAUUCUGUGUUUGAGUUAAAUGCUGCCCUGAUAAACAGUUUUAGAUGUUAGUUCCACUAAGAAGUUAUAGAUAGAACAUAAAUCAAAUUACAUACCGUACUUUUACGAGAUUUGUACGCUCUAAUAUGAGCUUCUAGCCAAAUGUAUUUUUCAAAUGUUUAUUACAGAAUACAGAAUUACAGUAAACAUAUGUAC